GAAAUGCCCGACCGGAAACCUUAUAUAUGAGCUCGGUGUGCUUGCCGCGGGACGGUGACGCCAUCUUGAAAUUGUCCCGAGCAGAGCAGGCGAGGAGGAGACGGACUUGGGAAAACCAGCUCGUCCUAAACUCGAUAGCUGCAUUAGCUACACGGAUUAACGGCAGCUUUAGAGGUUAUUGCUCUCGUGUGGUUGUGUUUCCACUCGUUCGUGCGGCUCUCUUCGACGGGCGGACGGCUGUUUGGCACUCUUUGGAGCGGACUAACACACCGGAGGGAGCCGCGUAAUCGGUUGUUUCCCUCUUGGAGCGGACGGAGCGGCGGUUGUGGCCGGGCAGCCCCGACCGGACCGUCGGGACGAAAGCCGAGGCUUCCACACGGAAUACAACAGCAACAGCACACGUUUUAAACCCCGCUGUCCGUGUGAGAGGAACCUGGAAAUGUUCUACUUAGCGACAUUUCUGACAUUUUAGAGCUAUGCGACGGAGCUCGUCGAGGAGAAGUUUGAUUGGAGAGCGGAGUGCGCUCGAUUUCCAGUCCGAUGGAUGUUAGCCCUGCCCGGCUGUGGCUCGGCUGUCUGCUCCGCUGCUCCGAAGAAGAGAACAGGUUAAACACCAGGAGGCACAGUCAGAGGAUCAGAUUCGGAUGGAAAAUGGGAGACGCCACCAAACUGGCCUUCGCCGUUUUCCUCAUCUCCUGCUCUUCAGGUGCCAUCCUGGGACGCUCGGAGACGCAGGAGUGCGCCUACUACAACUCCAGCUGGGAGAAAGAGCGCACCAACCGCAGCGGCAUCGAGCCCUGCUAUGGCGAGAAAGACAAGCGGCGGCACUGCUUCGCCACGUGGAAGAACGUCUCCGGGACCGUAGAGGUCGUCAAGCAAGGCUGCUGGCUGGACGACGUCAACUGCUACGACAGUAAUGAGUGUGUGGAGAGGAAGGAGAGUCCCGACGUUUUCUUCUGCUGCUGCGAAGGCAACAUGUGCAACGAGAGGUUCCUGUACGUCCCUGAGGCGCCCCCGCAGAGCGACCCGCACCAUUCAACCGCCUACACCACCUCCAACCCCUUCCCCCAGAAGCCCCAGCUCUUCAGCACCCUGCUUUACUCCCUGGUUCCCAUCAUAGGCCUGGCCGCCGUCGUCCUCUUCUCCUUCUGGAUGUGGAGGCAUCACAAGCUGGCCUACCCGGCUGCCCUCGUCCCCACACAUGAUCCCGGACCCUCACCCCCGUCCCCCCUGAUGGGACACAAACCGCUGCAGCUGAUCGAGGUGAAAGCCAGGGGGCGCUUCGGAUGCGUGUGGAAAGCUCAGCUGCUGAACGACUACGUGGCCGUUAAGAUCUUCCCGAUCCAGGACAAGCUGUCUUGGCAGAACGAAUAUGAGAUCUACAGCGUGAGCGGCAUGAAGCACGACAACAUCCUCCACUUCAUCGGCGUGGAGAAGAGGAACAACAACCUGGACCUGGAGCUGUGGCUCAUCACCGCCUACCACGACAAGGGCUCGCUGACGGACUACCUGAAGGCCAACGUGGUGUCGUGGAACGAGCUGUGCCACAUCGCUCAGACGACAGCCCGCGGCCUGGCCUACCUCCAUGAAGACAUCCCGGGACACAAGGACGGACACAAGCCCUCCAUCGCUCAUAGGGACAUUAAGAGCAAGAAUGUGCUGUUGAAGAAUAACCUGACAGCAUGCAUCGCUGACUUUGGCCUCGCCCUGCAGUUUGAAGCAGGGAAAUCAGCAGGAGACACACAUGGACAGGUGGGAACGCGGCGCUACAUGGCUCCAGAAGUCCUGGAGGGCGCCAUCAACUUCCAGCGCGACUCCUUCUUGCGUAUCGACAUGUACGCCUUCGGCCUCGUGCUCUGGGAGCUCGCGGCGAGGUGCACCGCUGCCGACGGCCCAGUGGAUGAGUACAUGCUCCCGUUCGAGGAGGAGGUGGGUCAGCAUCCGUCUCUGGAGGACAUGCAGGAGGUCGUCGUUCAUAAGAAACUGAGGCCCUGCCUGCGAGACUGCUGGCAGAAACACACGGGUCUGGCCAUGCUGUGUGAAACCAUCGAGGACUGCUGGGACCACGAGGCCGAGGCUCGCCUGUCCGCCGGCUGCGUCGAGGAGCGCAUCGGCCAGAUGCAGCGCCAGGCCCCCGUCAUUGGCCCCGAGGAGAUCGUCACGGUCGUCACCAUGGUGACCAACGUGGACCUCCCGCCCAAGGAGUCCAGCUUAUGAUCGGCCGGAUGAACCGACACCGGAUGAGUUCGCAUUAACACAGAUCAACACGAGGGGGAUGAGCAGCCGACCCUGGUUGGUUGGCGGAGUGUUUUUUUUUUUUGUUUUUUUUUUUGCUUUCUUUCUUCUUUCUUUUUUUGGUUUUUAUCUUUUUGGGGGGUUUUUUCUUAAAGUGCGGGCCGCUACUCGCGUUCAGGAAAAAACACCCUGCGCCCAAACCUCACGACCACAUCAGUUGAUAUAUCCACCUCAUUUUGAUAUGUGUGCCUGAGGAUUUUAACAUUUUACCGGUCGGGGGGGGAAAAAAAAAAAAACUAACUCUCUCAUCCCGAGCAACAUAACACAAAAAAAACAAUUCAGGAUAUUAUAACGAGGACUAAAAGUGAUUUAGCGCUGACAUGCUGGGACAAAACACUUUUUAUCAUGUAUUGUUUUUAUACACAUACACUCACAUAGGAGGGCGACCUGUUUUGCUCGGUUUUCUACGGAGAGAAAGAGAGAGAGAGAGAGAAAGAGACGAUCCGGCAGAGAAGUUUCACAGAAAACUCUCAGUGCAUUUUAGUGUAUUAAAAAAAAAACCCAACAACAACAAAAAAAAAACAAAAAAGAAAAAAAAAGACGAGCACCUGGCUCUGGAUACAUUUGCUGUUUUCUCGUGUGCGUUUUUUUUUUUGUUUUGUUUUGUUUUUUUUGAAGAAACGACUAUCGUUCUGCCAAUAAGCAACGGCUUCUGAAUGUUUAUAGUGUAAUGCUGCUGUACAUAGUGUAUUAUGGACCCAGACAACUUGGUAAUCAAGCUUAUUUUAAAGGGGGUGAGGGGGAAGGGGGGGAGGGGGGUCCAUUUUCAAGCAUUACGACGAUGAUAAAAAAAAAAACCAUAAACCUCCUUCAACCAGGUAUACCUCACUUCAGAUGGACACAGUUUAAAUUUAGUCCCUCUCCCUGUUCACAGUCAUAGCUCACACUUUUCCCCCCCCCUCCACAACCUUGGCUCUCGACAUCCAAACAAUCUGCAGUCAGCCGUGACGCUCAUGGGUAAUGUAGUCAAGCGAAGCCUCGACAUACAUGGCCACACACACACACACACAACACACACACCCACAAAGGUUUCUCCCCUUUCUCAGUCUCACGUUCAGUUGGUUUUUGACUGAAUAAUAAACUUUCCCCCCUUUUUUUGUUAGUUAUGUUUAUUUUCUUCUGAUAAUGGGGUGAAAAAAGAAAAAAAAAAGAAAAAGUGAUGCCCUCAUGAUGAAGUUGUCUUUAUUGUUUUUUUGGGGUUUGCCGUGUCAAUUGUCAACGGUGUUAAUAAUCUCUUAUCGCUGACAAGCCUAAUUUUGGCCGUGAUAUCUGGAUUUAAAAGUAUUUAUAUCUCUCUGGAUUAGCGCUGGGUACCAAUCAUCAUUAAAAAAAAAAAAAAUGUAGUAUUAUAACGCUUCAAGAUUGUCAAACUCUUGGGGCAUCUUCUUCUUAUCAUUUUGUGCGAUCAGUUGGAAAACGGCAGUGAGGUGUCAGAUUUUAAGCAUCAGUUCCCGCCGGUACCCAGCCCUACUUUGGAAUCAGAAAACCUGUAUUUAGCUGAGCCAGCUCGCUUUUUGAUUUGAUUGCACACAUCUCUUUUUUGGAUUACUAUCAAGAGUUUUCUGCUCUCUUUUGAUACACCUCAGGAAUCUUUGCUACUCUCACGACCGCCUCACGUCCUCCACCUCCGCCUCUUCCUGCUCAUCCUCACCUGUCUCGGACUGGAAUUACCUCCUCCUCUCUCGCUGAUUCUUACGCUUCCUCUCCCUCUUUUUCUCGUCUCGUCUCGAUUCCGAACGGGUUUAGCCGUGCCGUCGUGCUGGAAAAACAUCUGUAGGACUUGGUCGAACCGCACCGAUCCUAGAGAACCAGUCUCAACCAAAACAUCUGGUCUGGCUUUAACCCUGAGAUCCAGUCAGCUGGCCAGUGUUUCCACUUCUUGGCAACUAUUUUGUCGCCCCAUUGAUUUGUGGUGGACGACGAGGGAUAUUUGCUUCCUGAUCAGACUGUUCUAGCUCUGGACAACUAGUUCGGUAGAUGGCAUCCUCUCCAGAGACUAAACCUUGGCUGCAAAUUCCCUCCAGAACCAAACCAUCGGGUUCGGCCUUAACCCUCAGAGAUGGUUAUUCGGCAAGUGUUUCCACUUCUGUGCGACAUAUUCGUUGCCUGGUGGACAGUGAGGGUUGUUUUCCUCCUGAUCAGACCUUUUCUAGCUCUGAGCAACUGGUUGAAUAGACGGCUUGUCUUGUGUCAGUUCACAAAACCAGAAAAAACUGCUCGUUAAGGUGCAGUUUAACUUCCUCACACAGGACUGAAAACGAUCGCACGGCUAACUCGAGCAGGACGAGUCGAGGCGAGGAAUCUCUCCUCUUUCAUCCUGGUGCCAUCUCUACGUAUCCAUAUUAGUUACUCUUGUAGAUGUCAGGCAAAACGGAUGUAUCUGUCACUUGUUGCGAAGGCGACAGUGGCAUUUUUGAGUCUUUAUUUCCUCUGAGGGACAUUGAACACUGGUGCCGGCAGACCUGCAGUCUCUCCUCAAGCUUCGGGAAGGUUUCACAGGACGCAGUUUAAAAACCAAGCGCUUCAAAAUCACGCGCUACAAAAUCAAGUUUUUGCGGUUGGGAAAACUUCAAACAUGAAGAAACUUCUUUCUACCAAACCAUUUCACAUUCAGGGCAAUACAUAAUUAUGCUUUCUUUAUAACACGCUUAGCAUUAUAAGCAAAUUCUGUACUGUAGUGAUCGAGGAGAUACGAGCCAAGUGAAUAAUUUCUUGAGUGGGGAGUCGAGCCUAAAAUUGAGGGAAAUAUUUAUCAUGUAAACAAACUAUUCUUCGUGUGUUAACUACUUUUUUCUUCAUUUUUCCGAAUUAUCAUCUUUACACAGCCAACGUAGCUUAACAUCAGCUGACAAAAGGCAAAUUUCCGACAAGUAACCGUGAAACUAAAAUAUAAAUGAUCCUCAGAAAUCAAGAAAGUUCCCCGAACGUAUUUGUAUUUUCUUUCUGUAAAACAGUAAAAGGGUGACAGUAGAAGGACGCGUUUCAGAUAUUAUUUCAGCACGAUUCAAGUACUGCAACAACAACACAAACCUGCAGGAAGUAGAAGCCAUCAUCUUAUUUACUGACUGUAGCACGAGUACGAUAUUUGCCUCGCGAUCGCUUCCUUUUGCUGCUGCUGUUUUUCCAACUAACUGCAACUCAACAAAAAAAAAUAACAGCCAUCAUCGAAGGUCCUCAUGAAGCUUCACCAGUCAGGGACGAUCAGUACUGCAAACCCCAGCAGCCCUUCAAUAAGUACUACCUCACUCGCAGGGAUUUCUUCGGGGUAGAGAGCAUGGCAAAUAAACCAAAACUAGUCAAAAAAAUUCUUCUGCAAGUUCCUGAACUUCGGGGUAGGAGGAAAGUUUCAUGCAGUAAACUUCGAUUUCUCCCCAGGAGUUCGAAACAGCGAAACAAGGCUAUAAAGAAGUUUUCUCAUUCAUACCGUGAUGCAGUAUCUCGCUGCACAAGCGUAAAGGAAAAAAACAAACAAAAAAACACCAGUAUUACCUUUUCUUGUCCCCGAGUUUGUGCCCUCCGAUGAUGCAAAACUUUCUCACCAGUAUUUCAGCAGCCAAGUGGAUUUCAAACAAAACUGCCUCCAAAUGUUGGUUGGUUACCUGCCAAAGUGGCUGACGAAUCAGCUACAGCAAAAAAAAAAAAAAAAAAAGUGUGCCAACGUGUAGUUGGCGGUCACAUCCCAGUACUGUAGGUAGACGGUGGAAAAGUUUGAGUUUAAACUGCGCCUGAGAAACCGACCCAAGCCGACAAAUACCAUUCAGGGAUUCAGUACUAUGCUUUUCUAAGUUCUCGCAAGUUAUAUGCAACCAGUGCCGCAAACUACCCUACACUUCUGUAGGAUCAGCUGCAGGAGUGACUUUCAAUAUACACACACACACACAAAUAACUUGUAGCAUUUUAAUUUGUUUUUCUUUCUUUUUUUUUUUUUUAAUCCGUGACCUUGCAUAUUGAUAUGUUGUAUUUAUUUUAUAAUUUACAGGCCUGAGGUUUUUGGGGAUCAGAGCUCAGGUGACAACUCGGGACUAACGUCGUAAAGAGUUGGCACGAUUUUAAACGGUUGUUGCCGGAGGGGUGGGAGGAGUUGGGGGUGGGUGGUUUUUGUUUUUUGUUUUUUUUUUUUUGUUUGUAAUUCAGGAAAUACUUUGAUUAGUUCAAAAAGAAAAGAUAUAAACUGUAACGUGCUUCUUUCUAUUCAGUCUAUGGACAAAACGACCGAGAAUGAAUGUUCUUCAGACUCCUGGAUUCCAGUAUUGUGUGUUCUUCGAUGGAUUGAGCCCGGCCCUGUGUAACUUUAGAGGGCUUUGCGUUUGGCUGGUUUCGUGUGAUUGUGCCCCGUCGCUGUAGGAUCUCGUGAAGCCGACGCUCUCUGGGAUCCAUUCAUACACCUCUUGGUGUUAAGGUUACCUGCUUAAGAUGUGAACCUGCUCUGACGACAGUGAAUUACACGGGAUCGGAUUGAUCGUUAAAGCUCCCAAAGAGGAUCUGGAUCUUUUAACAGUCCUGUUGGACCUGUUGCUUUGGCCCAUUUUCAGAUCUUGAUGCUCUGCCGAAGCUUCCAAGUCCAAAUAUCCGAUUUUAGACUUCUUGGUCCUUAAAAAGCAUCUCGGCUUAUUUAAAGGUCCACUUUGUAAGAAAGUUGAGUCUCAUUUCCAACCCCUCAAAUACUGACGCUGUGUGAUUGCAGGUCAGCUGACGUCAGAAAGCGUCAGAUGUCAGCGUCAAGUGUUUAGGACUGUUUGUUUUUGUUUGAGCAUCAAGAUGUGAACACCCUGAACAUCUUGCUUAAGCUAAUGCAUGAUGAUCUUUGUCAAACCAUUUGAGGAUUUGCUUCUUUACGCUCCUGCUGUACCUGUUCGUCUUCCCGUAGCUCGAUACAGCACCAAAAUAAGUCUCAAAUUUCCCAGCAUUGCUAGGAACAACUAUGGCCGACUACAUCGUGUUGCUCCUGGCUUUGGCUUCCAAACACAACAGAUUCUUGAACUACUGUUGUUUCGAUUUGGUUUUUUGUUUACUCUCCUGUAGAUAAGUCAGGACCUGCUACACUAGCGCUGGUUAUAAGAGUCCUUAGUUGGUCCUUGGUCACGACGUAAGCAGUUCUUUGUUCUGGACCAGGAAAGUGUUUGUCCAGAGUAGACACCGGCCCCGAACCAGCACCUGAACCGCCUUGUUUCAAAGACUCUUUAAUCCCAGAAAGAAUUGGUCCGUUUGUCUCCAUCAAAAGCUCAGUUGAGCCGAUUGGAGACCAUCAAUUUUUGUGUCUUCACUCCCCCUCAGGUGUUUGCCGUCAUCACAAACCUUUCCUGACUCUAAAUCUGCUCCAAAGGUCGUGAUGUAAAGGUGUAUGAAUGGGUUUUUCUCAGCUCGGCUUCACAGUUUUCUAUCUCGACCUCCUCCAGCCCAGCACCUCACAUUGCUGUGCAUAUAAACUACCAGUGAAACAUUUGUGUCUUGUUGCCCCCCCCCCCACUAUUUUAAGCAGUCUAGGCUCUGUACAGACAUGAGAACAUAAAUACCUGUAUCAACUAUAUACUCUGAGCUGAAUCUUUAUAAGUGCGUGUUGAACUUCAGUGUUUCCUCUACAUUCAUUUAUACUUUUUUCUUGUGUUUUGACGCAGCCGACGCUGCAUUUAAAAAAAAAAAAUUUUAAAAAAUUUAAAAUUGUCCUUCACUAUGCGGGAGAAACAACUUUAAGUUGAGCUUUGUGUAAGCUGAAAGCUAGAGGCUCAUUGGAGUACUUAGUAAGGCAUCCAAGAAAGCACUUAAGGGUUCCUUAGCGGAGAUAAAACACGAAUGUUCAGCCUUUGGUGUUCCUCAUGGCGCCUACUCGGGUCCCCUGGCAUUUUCAUUCUGAAGAACCCCCCCGAAGCUCUUUUAAGAGCAGUUGCAAUACUCCAUAUGUGAUAAUGCAAUCACCCACUACAGGUAUUUCAUUCCAGCAUCUUGAUCUCCUGCUUUUUCCCCCACUGUUGGUAAGAAUUUUAGAGGAAACAUUGAACUCCAAUGACCUCGCUGACGAGGAUAAGUCUGGUUGCCAGGCCUGAAAUUUCUACGAGGAAAAGAAAAGAAAAAAAAAGAAAAACACUACAAGCAUUUUUGACCCCACAUUUCUCGAAAAAAGCUCCGGAGUCGCAGCGCUGAUCCACGAUCUGCCAACGCAGCCUCUUAACGUGAACGAUCGCUCGCAGGGUUUCUAGAAGACAACGUCCUGAAAGUUGGUGAUGAAAAUGUCUCGUUUCUUUACUCCUGAUACAUGUGACUCUAUGUUUUAUGUUACUGACAACAAAAUGUGAAAAUAGGACGAGAAACGGACGUCUGGAAUUUCAAAGUGGAAAUGACAACAAAAGUAUUCUUGAGUGAGUUUUUAAACCAGCUGCAGAGGUUCUCACCUCUGAGUCCUGAGAAGUAUUACAGCAGGAAAACCUUGAGAAACCCUGAGGCAUCAUCACAGAGGAGACAUAUUGAUCCCUGAUCAGCGCUGCGGCUCUCAGCUAAUGGUUUUUAUCAGCUGAAGUGAUCCACGUGAUGUAAAUAAAUGUGUUUUUAGAUUGUGAA